AUGAAGCUCUCUUUGGCCUUCGCCUCACUGCUCGUGGCGCUUGCCAGCGCCCAGAACAGCAGUUCGCCCAUUUACAAGGAUCCCAAAGCCUCUGUUGACGACAGAGUCUCCGAUCUUCUCAAGCGCAUGACCAUUGAGGAGAAGACGGCUCAAUUGCUUCAGGCUGACAUUCGCGACUACCUCAACUUGACUGAUGGCCGCUUCAACGAGAGUGGCCUCGUCUGGGCCGCCGAACACAGAGCGAACUCCAUCUGGACCGGCCUCUACACUACUGUAGACAAGGUCGCCCGGGGAGCGAAGCUUGCUCAGGACUAUCUCGUGCACAACACUACUCUGGGUAUUCCGGCCUUUAUCCAGAGUGAGGGUAUCCACGGGUUCCUUGCCCUUAAUGCCACCAUCUUCAACUCUCCAAUUGCCCACGGCUGUUCGUGGAACCCUAUUUUGAUCGAGAAGAUGGCCAAGGUCAUUGCCGUUGAGUCUAAGGCUCUUGGUGUUAACCAGAUCUUUGCCCCUGUUGUUGAUCUGGCUCGCGAGCUGAGAUUCGGCCGUGUCGAGGAGACUUACGGCGAGGACCCCUUCUUGGUUGGUGAGUACGGUUACCACUACACCAAGGGCCUCCAAGAGAACGGCGUUUGCGCCAUGGUGAAGCACUUUGCUGCUUUUGCCACACCUGAACAAGGUGUCAACACAGCUCCUGUCCAUGGCGGCCCCAGAGAGCUCCGUACCACCUAUCUGCCUCCUUUCAAGCGUGCCAUUCUUGAGGCAGACGCCUGGAGUAUCAUGUCCUCCUACAACUCCUACGACGGAGUCCCAACCAUAUCUGACCACCACCUGUUGACCGAGAUUCUCCGCGAGGAAUGGGGUUAUGAGUACUACGUCAUCUCUGAUGCUGGCGGCACUGCUCGCCUGGGCAAUGCCUUCAAGGUCUGCGCGGAGACCGAUGAUACUUGCAUCACACUUAGCGCCCUGCCAGCUGGUAACGACGUCGAGAUGGGCGGUGGCCGCUACAGCUUCCAGUACAUCCCUGAGCUCGUCGCAAACGGCACUCUUCCCCAGGACGUCGUCGACACUGCCGUCUCUCGCGUACUCCGCGCCAAGUUUAAGUCUGGCAUCUUCGAGCACCCUUAUACUGCCGUGCCCGACGAUGAAGUUUUCAACUACCUCAACACCGAGGAGCACAGGAAGCUUGCUCGCGACCUUGACGCUGAGAGCAUUGUGCUGCUCGAGAACCACAACAACACUCUGCCUCUGAAGAAGGAUGCCCAUGUUGCUGUCAUUGGGCCUAUGGCUCACGGCUAUGUCAACUACGGCGAUUACGUUAUCCACACCGCCAUGGAGCGCGGAGUCACUCCCUUGGACGGCAUCAAGGCUGCCAGCGAGGGCACUGUCACUUAUGCCAAGGGUGCCGAACGCUGGUCCAACGAUGAAUCCGGCUUUGAAGAGGCUGUUGCUGCUGCUAACGCCGCUGAUGUCGCCGUCGUCGUUGUUGGAACUUGGUCACGAGACCAGGACGAGCUCUGGGCAGGUCUGAAUGCCACUACGGGUGAGCACAUUGACGUCCACGACUUCAAGCUUGUCGGUGCCAUGGGCCGCCUUGUCAAGGCUGUUAUCGACACUGGCAAGCCUACUGUCGUUGUCUUCAGCUCCGGCAAGCCCAUCACCGAGCCCUGGAUCUCCGACGAUGCUGGCGCCUUGGUCCAGAUGUUCUACCAGGGUGAGGAGGGUGGUCACGCCCUGGCUGAUAUCCUUUACGGCAACGUCAACCCCUCUGGCAAACUCUCCGUCGCCUUCCCCUACGAUGUUGGCACCACUCCCGUCUACUACGACUAUCUCAACUCUGCUCGCUCCUGGCCCAACCCGGGUAAGGAGUACCCUAACGGCACUUUGGUCUUUGGCAGCAAUUACGUUCUGUCUACGCCUCUUCCACUCUACGAGUUCGGCUACGGUUUGUCUUACAGCACCUUCGACUACUCCAACAUCUCCGUAUCCUCGUCGACCGUCUCCCCGACCGACACUGUCACGCUCACCGUUGACGUGACCAACAACUCAACCCGUGACGGCGCCGAGGUCGUUCAGGUCUAUGUCUCGGAUGUGGUUGCUUCCGUAGUCGUACCUAACAAGGAGCUGCGCGGCUUCUCCAAGGUCUUCAUUAAGGCUGGUGAGACCGAGACCGUUUCUAUCGACCUGCCCGUUUCCAACUGGGGCCUGUGGGACAUCAAGUUGCGGUACGUUGUCGAGCCUGGCGACUUCCUCAUCCGUGUUGGCUCUUCGAGCGACGAUUUCCGCGGAAACACCACUGUCACCGUCAAAUGA